AUGGAUGAUGACAGCCAGGAUGAACUGAUAAACGAGAAUGCUGCACUAGGCAAGGGCAAAAAACAGAGUCUCGCACUCCUCAGUGAAACAGAAAGCAAUGGUGGAAAUAGCUGUGAUUCGGAAGAUGAUACCGGAAGUGAGGAGGAAGAUGAUUGCACUGAGGAAGAGGGAGGCGAGGAGGACAAGGAAGAAAGUGAAGAUGAAGAACUAGAAGAUUGUGAAGAUGAUGAAGAAGAGGAAGAGGAGGAAGAAACUGAGGCUGCUGUGGGGGGAAUGGCUGACUCUCUGAAAUUAGAGCCCCACAUAAAUGGAGUGAGCAUUUCCUCUGAUGAGGACGGCGAAAACUGCCCCAUUUGCCUCAACACGUUUAGGGAUCAGGCUGUUGGGACUCCUGAGAACUGUUCCCAUUACUUCUGCUUGGACUGCAUUGUGGAGUGGUCUAAGAAUGCAAACUCCUGUCCAGUGGAUCGAAUCCUCUUUAAGUAUAUUAGCAUUCGGGCACAUUUUGGUGGUAAAAUCUUAAAAAAGAUUCCUGUUGAGAACACAAAAACUCAGGGUAAUGAUGGAGAGGAUGAUCCAACCUUCUGUGAGGUUUGUGGCAGAAGUGACCGUGAGGAUCGCCUGCUGCUGUGUGACGGCUGUGAUGCAGGGUAUCACAUGGAAUGCCUUAAUCCACCUCUGAGUGAAGUCCCUGUAGAUGAAUGGUUCUGUCCAGCCUGUGCCCCCAUGGGUGUCAGUGCUGCUGCAGAUACAGAUCAUGUCAGCGAAGAAGAGGUUGCUGCCCUCGUGGCUGAUGUUAUUCCUACCACCAGUAGGCUACGCCCUCAUGUCCGAACCCGAGCUAUAGCCAGAACUCGGCAGAGCGAACGAGUUAGGGCAACAGUGAACAGAAACCGGAUAACAACAGCACAACAAAUUCAGCAUGUGCCAAGGUACCUCAUGUCCUCUCUUCUGGAUGAAACAAUUGAGGCAGUUGUAGCAGGCCUAAACACAGCCGUCUACCAGCGUCCUCUUAUGCCGCGGCCUCAUACUAGGCAGAAAAGAAAAACAGGUAGGAGGAAGAAAGUAGGAGGCAAAAAAAGAACUCAGACAAAGUCUUCUGCUGGGAAGAAGAGUUCAGGGACACAGUUGAAGAGACGCAAGCGCCUGAUAAAGAAGAGAAGGGGGAAAAAGAUGAGAGUGAAAAAUGAGGUUACUACUCGCUCCCGUAUCGCAAGAACUCUUGGUCUUGGUAAACCUGUGCGUGGCGCCUCACUUCCUUCCAUGUACAAACCAACAGAGCCCUCACUUGGUCUGAUGAGAGCAGAUAUUGGCGCAGCUUCUCUGUCUGUGUUUGGAGAUCCAUAUGAGUUGGAUCCUUAUGAAAGUAACGAAGAGGUUCCAGCAAAUCCAGAUUCACCAGUCAGUGCCAAAAGGAGAAUUCUCUCCCAGUCAGCCCUGAGGUCUCACCGUCCUGUAGCUAGACCUAUUUCUGUGGGACUUCCCAGAAGCAGUGUACCUGCCUUGAGUCCUGAUCAAGAAGCAGAAACUGCCCCUGUGCCUGAUCUGUUGGGAAGUAUCCUGUCUGGACAGAGCUUUCUCAUGAUGAGUAGCUCAGAUGUGGUCAUCAACAGAGAUGGUUCGCUGACGGCGAAGAAGGCAGGGAUGCCGUUUUACAAAUUUCAGCGAGCAAAAGAAGGGGCCUGGAAAGCAGAGGACUUGAACCAAACGUUAAAUCAGGUGUACUGUCAAAAUAUACCUUUGACGCCACCUCUGCCCUCAAGCCUUCCCCCCUACGCCCCUGUCAGCCAGCCCACGGUUCAGUUUAUCAUGCAGGGUAGUCUUCCAGCGCUUGGCUGCAUGGCAGGACAGAGCCUGACUCCAGAGCCGGGCAGCCUGGCUACUGCAUCUGAACCAGGAAUCCAAACCGCUUCUGUUGGAAACGCAGAAGAAAAGAUCAAAGCACCCAAACCUCAAGUGGAUAAAACGAAAAAUGAGGAAUACAUGAAGAAGCUUCACAUGCAGGAAAGGGCUGUGGAAGAAGUGAAACUUGCUAUUAAACCUUUUUACCAGAAGAGGGAGAUUACAAAGGAGGAGUACAAGAACAUUCUUCGGAAAGCAGUGCAAAAGAUCUGCCACAGCAAAAGUGGAGAGAUCAACCCCAUGAAGGUAGCUAAUCUGGUGAAGGCAUAUGUGGAAAAAUACAAACAUAUGAGGAAACAUAAGAAAUCUGAUGGUGAAGAUACACGUGAGGUGGAAAACAGAGCAAGCCACAGCCAGCAUGACUUGGACUGAACUUACUCUGGCUGUGAACACUAUGCCAGAGGGAAUAAUAGAUCUGCAGUUGCAUCUCAUUGAAAAUAAGCAAGAUAAUAAUAGGAUUUACCUGUGGAACCUUCUUUUGAUUUGUUUCCAUAUGGGAAUGAACUUGGGUUGUUUGGGUUUUUUUAUUACCUACAGAUGUAGAACUAAAUAACAAUCAAAUGCCUCAGACCAGCAGAGUAAUUCGAGGGGAAACACAGAAGAAAUUAAUAUUUGGGACUCCCGGAUUGCUACAGUUUUCAGGGUUACUUUCAGUACAUUUUUGGGCUGUGCACCUGUCUUGAUAGAAGUUUGAAACUGGACACCACUUUUCAUAUACAAUAUAUUGAGAGCUGUAUACUGUUCCCCUUGUGUUUAUUUAUCAAAAUAUGGAUUGUCUUUAGAAACUUCUGAUUUAAUACUUGAAAUGUAUUUUUAGCCCAUUCGAUGGUGAGCGAAGCUUUACUCGCUCUGUCAUUUGGGGAUUGCAGAAAUGAGCUAACCUUUAUAAACUGACUUCAGAAACACUGCUCAAGCCGUGGCGUUUAUUUACAUUCUGUUGGAAGUAUCUUGUUAGUGAAAAGUUUAAUUUUGGGGUGGGAGGCUGUGUUGCACUUCUGUAAAUAAUGCACUGAUGGCUGGUUUUAUGUCUGCCUUUCAGGAAAAAAACGAAACAAAAAGCAAGCAUUGUGAAUUUUCAGUAACAAGCUGGAGGGAUAAGGUUGAACUGAUGUACAAAAGCAGAAAUGUGAUAGAAUUUAUA